AUGAAGCCAACCUACCAGCCAAAUCCUAGCUUUUCUAUACUCAGCAUCCCCGCCUUCAUCCCGCUAGUAACCUCGCUCUGCUACUACCAUGAUGGAACCGUCGCGUCAAAUCCUAUAUAUCAACCAUGCAUCUCCAUCAAAGACACGAUAGGCAUGUGCUGCGCCAGUAACCGAUCAAACCCAGCUGGCGGCAGCAACACUAACGGAGUUACUUCGGACGAAUGUCUCGCCAAUGGACUGUGCAUGAAUGUACUGACGUACAGAAACAGCUCCGGGGAAUCGGGCACAAAUACUACAUACUGGCGCAAUCAGUGUACGAUUUCCGACUGGACGAAUAAUGGAUGUUUGAGUGUGUGUACCAAGGGGUCGAUACCAAGUGGUGGGUCGGACUUUUCUGCCAAGAUGACAUCUUGCGAUGGCACUGCGAACUCGACGACUUGGUGUUGUGGGGAUAAUGCUAGGUGCUGCAAUACUUCAUCUAAAAUUACGAUAGCUCAGAAGCUGGGUGAACACACUUCUACCUCAUUAUCGCAUUUGAUACCAAGCUCAGCAUCUACUUCUUUGAGCUCAAGCCCAACGUCUACCUCGACGCCAUCCUCGCCCUCAUCGUCUCAACUUUCAGGCGGUGUUAUGGCUGGGAUCGCUGUCGGCAGCGUUCUUGGGGCUAUUGCAUUCCUGGCUAUUAUUUACUUUUUGUUUGCGCGAUGGAAAAAGAAAAUAAUUCAGAGAGAGAAUGAAGCAGAAGGAUUAGCGAUAAAUCUUCGCCCGGGUUCUCGUCCUCUAGAGCUCGAGAAUCUUAUUCAGACUGUUGCACAUGAGAAGGCAACUGGGCCCCAGGAUGUUAGGGCUGAGCUCCCAAGUGAGCCGGUGGGACGAACAGUGGAUUAA